GCAUGUUUUACUCCUUCGAAGCGGGUGUGCACAAGGACUCGCCCGCGGCGGAGGUCUUAGCGUACAAAGAGGCCUGGGACAACUACGUUGCCCAGUGGAACGCCAAAAGUGCUCGAACAGCGGGCCCGGCCUUUCAGGUGUCGAAUGACUGGGUCUACGUCGAGUCCUCCAGCAUGCUGAUCAGCAGCACCGUAAACAGUUUGAUCGUACUUUGCGGACUCGCUAUGGUUUGCAUGCUCCUCUUCACGCGCAGCUGCAUGCUGUCUCUGAUCGUCGUCUUCUCCACGAUCAUUGUUAUCAUAAUCUUAGCGUUCUUUAUCACCACAGUCAUGGAGUGGGAGAUCGGUCUCAUUGAGGUCAUUGCCUUCAUCUACUUCAUAGGUCGACUCCGGGAGCUGACGGUGAACCAAGGCUUCUCUGUGGAGCGGGCACGGCAGGCCUUGGCUCAGGAGCUAGCUUGGAGCUUUUGGUUUUAA